UCGAGGCACGGCGAUGGCUCGUAGGAACAGCAUCCGAAGACAUUUUUACGGACCCCUGGCGUGAUAGCGAUUCGCCAUACUUUUACCGCGUUUCUUUUAGGUCAAGGGGAACACAAUCUCCUCUGUAGACUACGGGGCAGAAUAAUUCAAGUAAUCACUUGGAUCUCCGUGCUCUCAGACCUACAUCCUGGUCCUCUUAGUGAAUAUUUUUUUUUAAUCUUUUUUUUCGGAAAGUAAAGACUGUUUGGAUUGUUUUGACUCACUUUUUGCCUGCUGUACUUGCCAGUAACAAGUUAUGUAAUAUCUCCAUUCAACUUUAGGCCAUAUUUAAUUCACAAAAAGCCUUUUAUCAGAGUAGAGGGGAAAUCGAUUCCAUCAGAUUUUCUGAACUGAUUUUUCCGUCUCUGUACAGUCAUGUUGUCAAGUUAAAUUCCAUAUGCAGAGAAAAGGGCGACUUGUUCAUAUAACGUUAUCUCUAAACAUAAACAAAACACUAUCUCGAAGAAAGCCUCGAUCUUUCGGCAGUUCAGUUCAUGUUGCUCUAGCAGCCUAGGAGACGUCAUAGGUCCAGACUGGAGGGUGCAACAGGGAUUCCGCUCAGGCAGGAAAGGGGAUUUCUACCGCCCAAGACUCGGGGUUAGAAUGUAUUGAUUGCCAGAUUUGAAGAGGCAAAACCACUUGGACUGACUGAUUUCCAGCUGCUUGGGAGCUGCGGCGUCAUCUCAUCUGGACGGCACUAAAGACAGAGUACGCCGAGGGGAUCCCCCGUGUAAAGCAUGUUGCACCAGUCCAGCUGCUCACCCAAGAGUCUCCGCAUCUGAUCCCAGACCUGUCCCCUGAAUCCCUCUCCAAACUACAACUGACCACAGAUCAGCCUAGAGAUCAGACACAACCACCCCCCCUAAGGAGUUCACCUUGAACCGGUUUACUGCUAUCCAGUCUUAAGGUUUACAGCCAACGUUCCGAGUCAUCGACCCGGUUUCGACCCCGACCAAGCAUUCCAAAAUGGCCAACAACACUGCGGACCACGCGGCCGCCAACUCGGUGGCGGACGGCGAGGGCGAGUUUGGCAUCACGGUGAUGGACCUCCGGGAGCUGAUGGAGUUGAGAUCCACGGAGGCUGUCAACAAGAUCACAGAGCGCUACGGAGACGUGCAGGGCAUCUGCCGCAGGCUCAAGACCUCACCUAUCGAGGGUCUCUCUGGAAAUCCAGUGGACUUGGAGAAGCGCCACGCGGCGUUCGGAAAGAAUUUCAUCCCUCCCAAAAAGCCCAAGACCUUCCUGCAGCUCGUGUGGGAGGCCCUCCAGGAUCUCACCCUCAUCAUCCUGGAAAUCGCCGCCAUCAUCUCCCUGGGCCUCUCCUUCUACCAACCUCCGGGGGGCAACGCAGAGGCAUGUGGACAGGCGUCAGGUGGCGUGCACGACGAGGGCGAGUCUCAGGCGGGCUGGAUCGAGGGCGCGGCCAUCCUCAUCUCGGUGGUCAUCGUGGUGCUGGUGACGGCCUUCAACGACUGGAGCAAAGAGAAGCAGUUCCGCGGCCUCCAGAACCGCAUCGAGCAGGAGCAGAAGUUCACCGUCAUCCGCAAGGGCCAGGUCAUCCAGAUCCCCGUGGCCGAGAUCGUGGUGGGAGACAUCGCUCAGAUCAAAUAUGGUGACCUGCUGCCCGCCGAUGGAGUGAUGAUCCAGGGAAAUGACCUCAAGAUCGAUGAAAGCUCAAUGACCGGGGAGUCUGACCAGAUCAAGAAGUCCAUGGAAAAGGACCCCAUGCUGUUGUCUGGCACUCAUGUGAUGGAGGGGUCUUGUCGGAUGGUGGUCACCGCCAUCGGGCUCAACUCUCAGACUGGCAUCAUCUUCACCCUCUUGGGCGCCGGAGAGGAGGAGGAGAAGAAGGUGAAGAAAGGUAAAAAACAAGGACCCCCUGAAAAUCGCAACAAAGCUAAGACCCAGGAUGGCGUUGCUCUGGAGAUCCAGCCCCUCAAGAGCGAGGAAGGCGCCGAGCUGGAGGAGAAGGAAGAGAAGGAGGAGAAGGAGGUCAAGAAGGUCAACGUCACCAAGAAGGAGAAGUCCGUGCUGCAGGGCAAGCUGACACGGUUGGCCGUGCAGAUCGGGAAGGCAGGUCUAAUCAUGUCGGCGCUCGUUGUCGUCAUCCUCAUCCUCUACUUCGUCAUCGACACCUUCGCCGUCCAGGGCCGCACCUGGACGCAGGAGUGCACACCCAUCUACAUCCAGUUCUUCGUCAAGUUCUUCAUCAUCGGCGUGACUGUGCUGGUGGUGGCAGUGCCUGAGGGAUUGCCCCUGGCUGUCACCAUCUCCCUGGCCUACUCGGUUAAGAAAAUGAUGAAGGACAACAACCUGGUACGGCACCUGGACGCCUGCGAGACCAUGGGCAACGCCACGGCCAUCUGCUCCGACAAGACUGGCACGCUCACCAUGAAUCGCAUGACGGUGGUGCAAGCGUACAUCGGUGGCACACACUACUCCUCGGUUCCUGACCCCGAGGCCAUCAAGCCCGAGACCUUGGAAGUCUUGGUCAACAGCAUCUCCAUCAACUCGGCCUACACCUCCAAGAUCCUGCCUCCGGAGAAGGAGGGUGGCCUGCCGCGGCACGUGGGCAACAAGACCGAGUGCUCCCUGCUGGGCCUGGUGCUGGAGCUGAAGCGGGACUACCAGCCCAUCCGCGAGGAGGUGCCCGAGGAGAAGCUCUACAAGGUGUACACCUUCAACUCGGCCCGCAAGAGCAUGAGCACCGUGCUGAAGAACACCGACCGCCCCGGCUACCGCAUGUACAGCAAAGGCGCCUCCGAGAUCGUCCUGCGCAAGUGCUCUCAGAUUCUUGAUACCACGGGUGUGCCCAAGCCCUUCAAGCCCAAGGACCGUGAUGAGAUGGUGCGCAAGGUCAUCGAGCCGAUGGCGUGCAACGGGCUGCGGACCAUCUGCGUGGCCUACCGGGACUUUCCCGGCGAGGUGGAGCCGAACUGGGACGCCGAGGCCGAGAUCCUCAACGACCUGACGUGCAUCGCCGUGACGGGCAUCGAGGAUCCCGUCCGGCCGGAGGUGCCUGAUGCCAUCUCCAAGUGCCAGAGGGCAGGUAUCACCGUGCGCAUGGUGACCGGGGACAACAUCAACACGGCACGCGCCAUCGCCACCAAGUGCGGCAUCCUGCUGCCCAACGAGGACUUCCUGUGCAUGGAGGGCAAGGAGUUCAACAGGCAGAUCCGCAACGACAAGGGGGAGGUGGAGCAAGAGCGCUUAGACAAGGUGUGGCCCAAACUGCGUGUGCUGGCUCGUUCCUCCCCCACAGACAAACACACUCUGGUCAAAGGCAUCAUCGACAGCACAGUCGGAGAGACCAGACAGGUCGUCGCCGUGACAGGAGACGGAACCAAUGACGGCCCCGCUCUCAAGAAGGCCGACGUGGGAUUCGCCAUGGGUAUCGCUGGAACAGAUGUGGCCAAGGAGGCGUCUGACAUCAUCCUUACAGAUGACAACUUCACCAGCAUCGUCAAGGCCGUGAUGUGGGGACGCAACGUCUACGACAGCAUCUCCAAGUUCCUGCAGUUCCAGUUGACCGUCAACGUGGUGGCCGUCAUAGUCGCCUUCACUGGCGCCUGCAUCACGCAGGACUCUCCCCUGAAGGCGGUGCAGAUGCUGUGGGUCAACCUGAUCAUGGACACGCUGGCCUCUCUGGCCCUGGCCACGGAGCCGCCCACGGAGUCCCUGCUGCUGCGCAAGCCCUACGGCCGCAACAAGCCCCUCAUCUCCCGCACCAUGAUGAAGAACAUCCUGGGCCACGCCGUCUAUCAGCUCACCAUCAUCUUCACUCUGCUGUUUGCCGGAGAGAAGAUUUUCGACAUUGACAGCGGUCGCAACGUGCCCCUGCACGCGCCCCCCUCCGAACACUACACCAUCAUCUUCAACGUCUUCGUCAUGAUGCAGCUCUUCAACGAGAUCAACGCGCGCAAGAUCCACGGCGAGAGGAACGUGUUCGAGAGCAUCUACCGCAACCCCAUCUUCUGCUCGGUGGUCCUGGGCACGUUUGUUAUCCAGAUUGUCAUCAUUCAGUUUGGGGGAAAGCCCUUCUCCUGCACGGCGCUCACCAUUGACCAGUGGCUCUGGUGUGUGUUCAUCGGUGUCGGCGAGCUGCUCUGGGGUCAGCUCAUUUCGGCCGUGCCCACGCACCGCCUCAAGUUCCUGAAGGAGGCCGGCCACGGCAUCACCAAGGCCGAGAUGCACGAGGAGGAGAUGAUCGAGGGAGAGGACGAGAUCGACCACGCCGAGAUGGAGCUCCGCCGCGGCCAGAUCCUCUGGUUCCGAGGACUCAACCGCAUCCAGACGCAGAUGGACGUGGUUAACACAUUCCACGGCCCUGCCCCGGCGGCCCUGCGCCGACAGCCCUCCGUGGUCAGCCAGCAAAACGACAUUAAGGUGGUGAACGCAUUCCGUAGCUCCCUUUACGAAGUCCAGAAGUCCAGAAGCUCCAUCCACAGUUUCAUGUCCCACCCUGAGUUUGUGCCCCUGUCUGAGGAGGAGGCUCAGAUCCCCUCCAUCGAAGAGGAUGAUGACGAGGAGGCGCCCACCUUCCACCUAGACAUUGACCCCGCCAACCCCUUCGUUGGCCCAUCUCCAUAGAAACAAGAGCACUGCCGGACUCCCCUCUUCUGUCACAGUACCGUGUCUUAUCACAGCCUGAAUGAUGGGACUGACUCUCUGUUCUCCUGACAUACGACACCCAACCACACCCCACCUCAGCCUUCUCCUCAGAACAGGGCACAGGCUCUCGCUCUUGCUAUCUCUCUCUCUCUAUCUCUCUCUCUCUCAUACUCUCUCUUUCUCCACUUCACUACUGCCCUCUGGUGUUUGCUCACCACUACUACAUCCAUGUACAGACAGCAAGCCGGCGCAGUGGAAACCUCCAACCGGAAAGGCUACAGACCAGCAGGCCUGUAACACCGCCCCCCCUCCCUCUUUCAUCGACUCAUUCUCCUCCCUCCAAUUUCCCCCAGUUAUGUUUUGCUAGACAUAUCUGUAAUGCUUUAAAUCUGACAUAUUCCUUCCAAAAGAUGGCUAAACAUUGUAAUUUAGUUUGUUUUUGUUUGUUUGUUUUCUUCUUUCUUUUGUAAGCAUAUAUUCCAUAAGCAUCUUUAAACACUUACUAAUGAGCGUGCGUGUAUGUAUGUGCGCCUGGGCGUGUUCUCAGUGCUUCUGUGAUUUCACAUGUGAGGGCCAUUAGAACAGGAUUGUCUGAAGCCAAUGGACCGUGGAAAUGAACAGAUAUUUUAACUCAGUUAUUUUUUAUUGUUGUUACUGGGCAGUUUUUAAUUGAUGUUGAGUUUGUGGUUAUGGAUACCAUCGGGGCUUGGCCUCGUGAAAUACAUCCUGCACUUUUAAAGGAAAAAAUGUCAUCGAUCUAACAUUCCAUGGUUUUUACUUACUUUACUAAACCAAACUCAGUUAGUGCGUGACGUGUGUGCCCAUGAUCAUAAUUCUGCUCUCUCCUGAACCAAACAACCUGAAGGUGAGGCUUUAGAAUCCGACGCCUGCACUGCACCAUGGGAAUGUUGGUGUGUUGACGCUUCUAAUGGCUUUAGGCUUCCAUGUUUAUUACCCACAGACACUACUCUUGAUUGAUUGUUAUUGUACUUCCAUGCACGGGCCCAUGACAAACUACACAGUAUAGUGAUGAUGUUUGGUAGAUAUCAACUAUCAGUGGGCCACAUCCUACUUGUUUACGUGUGCGUAUGUGAAUGUGUGUGUGUGCGCGUGUGCGUGUGUGUGUGUGUGCGCGUGCGUGUGUACGCAUGUGUGUGUGUGUGUGUGUGUGGAAGUGAGUCUGUGUCUGUGUGUAAUGCCUACAUCCAUCACAUGCGCUAGAAUUUGUGUGUAAUAUUGCGUGUAUGAAGUUCUUAGGCUGCACAACAGUCAGUGCUGUAAUAUUUACACACCAAAACAUCCAUCUUGGGUUUCUGACUAACUCUUAACACAAACACACAGGAGCCGGAGCACUGAAAAUCAAACUUCUCCUUCCGCUGCUCUUGGCUUCAGGAUCCAGUUCAUUUCAGAGUCUCUGCUCUUGUGCUAUGUCCCAGCUUCCUCAAUCCAAAUCUGUAAAAUGCUUCGGUUCUGAAAAUGUAAGAGACCAUUUGUCCAGCCAAAUUGUUAGUUGUCAACAGAACAUUCAAAACAAAAAAUGUUUGUGAAAGGGAUCCUUUUUAGUAGGCAAUUAAAUGAUCAUACAAAGAAAAAGUAGGUGGAGGAAUUCCCUUUUGUGUAAUUUAUUUGUCAGAGUUGCACUCGCAUUAAGCUUACACGUUUUCUUCUUCAUUCAUGGAAAGAGGGAAGUAAUUAAGAAAAGAAAUAAACUUCCAUGGCAUAGACACCUAUUUUAUUACUAAUAACUGAGUACUGCCAUAUUUUAACCUUAUUUUCAUAUCUGCGUUGUGCAGAGUUGUCGACUGCAUGUUUCUACUUCUCAGAGCCAUAUUUUAGGGGUUGCUGUUUAUUUCCGACCAGAAAAAAAAAGACAAACUAAGUCACUGCCGUAUGACAAGAGAGAAAAAAGAAAAACAAAGCAGAUCACUUCCAUGCGAGGGGGAUCAAAGUUUGAAUAUACCCGGGCUUCCCCUGCCUACUGAUUGUUUUCUUUGCCUCCUCCCACAGUGACUUAGACUGUGAGCUAGAGAGGCCUCCUGCACGAUUUUCAUAUUGAACUCAGUGUAUCGUUCCUUUUUUAACCACUCCUCUGUGGGUUUUAUAUUUACACUAGUACUUUUUUAAUAUUUAGUAAAAUAGACAAUUAUUGGUAUGUAAGCCGGUAAAACCUGAUGACAUUAGUGGAGUGAGCAAAAAAAAAACUAACAUCCUUGUCAUCCUUAUCAAUGCCAUUAUUGAACCAUGCAUUCAAUUAUUCUCUAGUUUUACGGCCAAUGAAAACUAAAUGGUGAUGUUUACCACUUGAAAGCCACGUGAUUGAGACACAGGCUAGACUCCGAAGCCUAAAUGGGCUAGCCUCUAGAAAAGUCCACUUUGCCUCAAAACUGUUGUGUCAUUGAAGACAAUUGUCAUUGCAAUUUAACUUAACUUUCCUACUCCCUUCUCAAAACAUUUCGUACAAGAUCCAGUUGACUUAAUAUUACACAGAUGUAUGAAAAUGUUUUUUUUAUAUAUAAAUAUAAAGUAUGUAUUUUCAUUGUUGUUUCCUUUCUUAUUGCUUGAUCUGACAACAGGUUUAAUUUAUUUUAUGAAUGAGUGGUGCUCGCCAUUGACUACAGUUAAUAAUUGAUUUUUAAGUUGAGAUUUUCUCUUCCAAAAAAGAUUUUUAGCAUAUAGACGUAUAUAUAUAUUUUUAAAAAUCAUCAGAAACUUCAGAUUUGAAAGGACUUGAAUUUGUAUGAAAGGAAAAUGACGUUCCCAUAAAAAAUUGUUUCUAUCGGACCAACAUUUAUUCUCUAGUGCUUUUUUGAAAGUGUUUGUCUGUAUAAUUUCUGCAAUUUGAAUUGUUUUCUCUAUAAUUCUGUUAAUUUCUCGACUCUAUCUUAGUAUUAUUUAUAGUCAGCAUCCAAUGGACAAAUAUGAAGGUAAUUCUAUUCUCUUUAAAAAUGCUUUUCAAGCUUUACAGCCCUGCCAAAGUUUUCUACAAUUGCCUCUUAUUUAAUCCCUUUAGUACAGUCAGUCACUGACUGUUUCUACACCCCUUAGUCCAACUCGUUCUCCCAUAUGAACCUGGAUUGCAAUUGUUUCAUGUGUUUCAGAGAUUACCCCUGUCCUUAAUGUUUCUUCAGACUUUUUAACAACUUCUGUCCUUUUUGUGCAGUGGUAUGUGAAAGAAAUGCUUUGUCUACCCGGGGCACAACUAUACAAAGGAAGUGAAUCAUUGUUAUGUUGUUGGUCAAACAUUGGCCAAUUCAAAUUAAGUACCUGAUUUCUUUUUCAUUUUAUUUUGAUACCUCUGGAAGAACAUAGUUAAUGGUAUUGCAAAUGUUUGGCCUGUACUGUACAUUGGUUCUAUAUUCUGCCGUGAGCUUCAAUAUGAUGUCCCUUAAGAUGUUGUGCAACUGCAAAACGACAUUGUUUGUCUAACCAUCUUGCGUGAAUGGCUCUUUUUACAACAGAGUGUUGGAGAGGUUACAACUCAAUUGUAAAUAAAAUAGGGUUAAAACUGGAAUAUCACCGAUGUAAGUCACAACCACUUAUUUAUAUGUACCAAGAGCUCAUGCUGUGUUUGACUGUCAUGGAACCCAGGAAAAAGAAGAAAAGAUGACAGAACAUUACAUUCUGUGACUCAUAUGAUGACAGUAAUAAUAGCACUGGUGUUAUUUUUGUAUAAGCAUAAUAGCAUCUAUGUGGCAUGCAUGAAUUAUAAACAAAUUGGUGGUUCAAAGCAAUACGUACAACCUGGUGCGAUUGGUAUUUUAGUGUCCUGUGUAGCCUAAGCCAUGCUGUGCUGAGAGAAAAAAAUGCUUACUGUUCAGUAUAUGUGUUCAAUGUUCUGCAUGUUUAUGUAUGGAAUGAUACUCCCCCUGUUUACUUCCUUCAUAAAUUUCCAUCUGCUUUUUUAUUUUUUCUCUCUCUCUCUCUUUGUCUCUGUCUCUCUCUCCCCUUGUAUCUACCCCCUCUCAUUCUUUCUCUUACACACACACACACACACACACACAAACACACACGUACACAAAUUCAAAUGCUCUGGAUUUGUUUCUGUUUAUCUAUCUAUGUUGUUGCAUAUUUGUUUGAAAUGAGACACACUCUGACUAUCAAGGUAGACAUAAACAUACUAGUACUAAACUUUCAUCACUUCACAAAAAACACCAUUCGCCAUUGUCCGACAUUCAUUUCUGGACACAGGAACACAGGACAUUUUCACCAGUCAUCAUAUGAAGUGUCAUUUGAAGCACUACUGAAAUUACUUCUUUGUGAAACUAUUGUAAUUGCCCGCAGUGAAAUAAUUUGUUAUUCCUUUACCUACUGGCCAAUUGGGACAUAUGGGAGGGCUAUACACAUCAGUUUAACCAUUGCCAGAUCUAACUCCGGGAAUUUUUGGAUUCAGCCUGUGAACGGCAAGGGAUGGGAAAGAAAAAGUAGUUUACAUGCAAAUAGAACAUUCCGAACUCUCCUCAGGACCAGUUGGCCUCCAUCACCACUGUCUCCAUAGCUUCCUCUCGCAUCUUAUCCGCCUCUGCUGAGAAAUGAGCAAUGCUCCAGUCCAUUCAUAGCCUGCUGGUUACAUAUUAUAUAUUAUGCAUACAUAGCACCCAACCCAUGUGACUUGUUGUGGUCAUUUAUGUCCCUCUGCAUUCCAGGAAAUACAUGCAGACUAAAGCCAUCUGAAGGAUGGAUGUGUCAGUUAAAGGUGUAUUUGCAUGGUUUCACUUGACACAUUGAUCCCUUUCUGUAUGUAAGCCCUUCUGUAUGGUUGCACAUAAAAAAAAUGUUUUCUAAA